AUGUGCCUCGCCCUCUUCGCCUGGAUGCUCGGCUACGGAAAGUGUGACCGCCUGACCACGCCAUACGUGGCCCCGCCCUCCCCCGUCGCCGCCACGCCCGACGCUUCGGAGCUCGGCGCCGGCCUCGGCGCCGCGCGCGGGCAGCGGGGUGGCCUUAGCGCGGGCGCGGGCGCCGGGGGCCUCAGCUUGGGUGGGCCCAGCACUAAUGCUCUUGGCGCAAACGGCCUUGGAGCCAACGGGCUCGGAGCCAAUGGCCUAGGCGCGAACGGGCUCGGCGCGGGCUCGGGCGCGGGCGGCCUCACCACCGCGGGCGGCGCCGGCGCGGCGGGCCUCAGCCUCGCGCAGCGUGCCGCGAUGGGCGGCCUGUCUGGCGCGACGAAUGACCCCUUGGGACUGACCACCGCCGGCCCCGCCAGCGGUCUGCGCCUUGGCGGCCAGGGGGGCGUGGCCGCGGGCGGGGGCGGCCUCGGCGCCGGCGGCCUGGGGUCGAACGGUGUCGACCCUGCCUCUGCGCUGGGUGGCGCCGGCGGCGCCGCGGCGGGCCUCGCGCCCGCUGGCGCAGCGGCCCCGGCACCGCAGCCGGUCAGCGGCAUGUCUGACGCGAGCGGCAUCGCCAACCCGUUUGCAGCCACGCCCGCUGCCCCCACUGCCGCCGCGCUUCAGCUGCUCGGCCGCCGCAUGAUGCAGCUGGGGGACCUCUCGGCCGCGAACGCCCCCAUCGGCGGCGCGGGCACGGCCGGCGGCCUCGGCGGCUCAUCGGGCGGGCCUGGCGUCUCAUUCGGCGGCCUGGGCGGCGUGGGCCGCCUCGGCGGCGCGGCGGUGGACCUCAGCGGCGCCGGCGGCGGCGCUGCGCUCACGCCGCUCGCCGCAGCGCCGCCGCCGGCCGCGCCGGGGCCGAUCGCCCUCAAGGGCGGGAAGCAGGGCGUCUGCGGCGCGUUCAACUUUGUGGCCGCCACGGCGUUCAUCAACGCAGUGCUGUUCGCGAUCAGCGCGUCGCUGGCUGGGUACGAUCUCGUGCACAACCGCGGCAUCGUCGGCGCAGACGGAGAGAUCCGCCUGCCGGCGUCCUCCGCCCCCAAGCGCGCCGACUCCCCGGCGCCGUCCGUCGUCGGCGGCGGCGACGUGCUUGGCGCCAAGGCGGUGGCCCCGAGCAGCCUCUCGGCGGGCAGCAGGACGAGCUCUUCCUCGGGAUCACCGAUUAAGGCCCACCACGAAGAUAAGGAGGCCGCGCGCGCGUCCUCGGCCGCCGACGCGCCGGAAGGGGGCGCCCCGCCGGCGGUCACGACCCCCGCCGCCUCUGCGGCCGCUGAGCCGGCGCCUGGCGCGACAAGCUGA